UUGCAGGCAUGGAGGAACCUGGCAUGGACACGGAGGCCGAGACGGUGGCGACCGAGGUCUCCGCGCGGCCCCUGAACUGCGUGGAGGCCGAAGCCGCGGCGGGGGCGGCAGCGGAGGACUCCUGCGCGGCGCGAGGUAGCCUGCAGCCGGCCCCGGCCCAGCCCCCUGGGGACCCUGCGGCCCAGGCCUCGGUCAGCAACGGCGAGGAUGCGGGCGGCGGCGCAGGCAGGGAGCUGGUGGACCUGAAGAUCAUCUGGAAUAAGACUAAGCACGACGUGAAAUUCCCCCUGGAUAGCACAGGCUCCGAGCUAAAACAGAAGAUUCACUCGAUUACAGGUCUCCCCCCUGCCAUGCAGAAAGUCAUGUAUAAGGGACUCGUUCCUGAGGAUAAGACGUUGAGAGAAAUAAAAGUGACCAGCGGAGCCAAGAUCAUGGUAGUUGGCUCCACGAUAAAUGAUGUUUUAGCCGUAAACACACCCAAAGAUGCUGCCCAGCAGGGUGCAAAGGCCGAAGAAAACAAGAAGGAGCCGCUCUGCAGGCAGAAGCAACACAGGAAAGUGUUGGAUAAAGGAAAGCCCGAAGAUGUGAUGCCAUCUGUUAAGGGUGCCCAGGAGCACCUGCCAACGGUACCCUUAUCCGGCAUGUACAACAAGUCCGGAGGCAAAGUGAGACUCACCUUCAAGCUGGAACAAGACCAGCUGUGGAUUGGCACUAAGGCGUUUCAGUUGGGCCCCACGGAAGCCUCUUACUACUGGGUGUACUGGGUCCCAACUCAAUAUGUGGAUGCAAUCAAAGACACUGUGCUGGGGAAGUGGCAGUAUUUUUGAAAGCACUUUCACCUCUGGCCCAGGAGACUGACCCAAAGUGAAGGACAUUGCUGGGAGAGGCCUGCAGCAUCCCUGGAUUUCAGAGUUCUGGGACUUUGUUCAAAAACAAACAAACAAAAACCCUAUAUCCACUCUAAGGUGAUGUGGUGACUGAAGCCAGAGGUGAUGUACUUUCACCAUUAGCUUAAUUUUAACUUAAAAUCACCGGUUCCCUUUUCUGGCAGUCAGCUUCAUACCAUUUUUCAAGUCCAUACCGUGGAAAUCAAUAAAUCUGAGUUCGAG